CUUGGUUCUUGACUGGAAAGCUUUAAGGAUGGUGAAAAUGCAGAGUGAAGAUAACGAAACGCCCAAUUUUGAUGAUUUAAUUUUGAUAGGCAGGGGACCGAACCAUGAUGCAGGAAUGAUGGAAAAGGCAGGGCUGGCUGGUUGGUCUAGCGAGAAAAUGCAGCAAUGGUUUGCGGACGUUCGUCAGACCCCCCGCUACCAAGCCGAGUACUUGGGCCGCCUAAGUAAACUGCGGGAGGAACUUAUCAACCAAGAACAGGAAAAUCUCUCCCACGCGAUGGAGAGACUGAGAGUGAAUUCUCUAGGAAGAGAGCACCCGAAACAUCGGGCAAAAAUUAAGAAACCGCCCGACGAAUUUCUAGACACUUUUCCCUAUCGCCAACGCCAGAUUCUUUUGGAAAAGUUGGAGAGGAAUAGACGUCGGGCGGGCCCGGUGCGUCAAAGAAGCCCACCGAAGUUGGAUCCUUUAGAAGGAAAACAGCUUGUAGAACCAUUUCACAGACCAGAGAGAAAUACGAACAGUGCUCCGGAACUGAGUAAUAAAUCUAAAUCGGACGGCGAUCUACAUACACGACUGUUCUCGAAAUCUGUAGACGAGGCAAAACUUGUUAAUUUGCAAAAACUUUUGAAACCGUCGCAAAGUAUACCUAAUUUAGAAAGACGAAUUAUACCCUCUCGACACCAAACGAAUAAACAAUCACCGGCACACAAAGAUAAAAUGGAUUUAACUGUCCACCCAGAAGCUCCACAUGGACCUAUCUAUAAGAAAGAUGCUCAAACCGGACUCUUUAAGCGCGUCGGGGCGAGAGCGGUUUCUCGCCAGCCGAAAGCACAUUUGGAGCUCGCUCCAACAGCUCACAGCUACGACCGAGUCACCGAUGUUAUCGAUGCGGUGCGCCAAGCCCAAGAGGAGUAUCACGUCAGAGGGCAAUUUUACGUCCCCUCCACCACGCCUGAAUCCGACUUUCAGCCAACGGAGGACCCCUAUCGAGACUGCGUGGAUUCGGAUUGGACAGGGUUUUCUUCCAGCGGCGGUUCGCAUAGACUGGUAAAAUACCCAAAUGAAGAAGAAACCUCAAGAGGGGUGUCAAGAAAGGGGAACAAAAGAUCAGAUACGGAACUCAGCAGAGACAGAACACUAGAGGCAAAAAUGAAAGCGAUGUCACGGUCGCACGAAAUCGUAGCCAGUUACACCGAGUUUCCACGUAUUCCCCCAGAAAAGAAAAGCUUGAUCGUGGAGAUGCCGAAUAUCGUUUUCCAACCGGCGACACCGGACCUGUACUCCGUGUACAAUGAUCUUCCACAGUCCAGCCAAUCUCUAAAGAAGGCCUACCGUCAGCAACAGCUUCGCGAGAGGGAAGUGAGUAACCUUUUAGAAGACGUUCAGGAGCUGAAUCAAAUAACCGAGGAACUGCAGACCAAGGUGCUAGAAAGGCAGGCGAGCAAAUUUGAAUAAUAAUAAUGGUCUGCACCACAAUAAAGGCGAUUAGUUAUUCCAUUUACUUAACCAGUCUUAUUGUGAAUUGAUUAUUUUUCCGAUGUAAGCCGUCCAGUUUUAUCGAUUAUCAAUAGGGUCCA